AACUUAAAUAUUUUCUUUAGUUGAGUUGAAUUGUUAGCUCUUAUAUUCCAAUUUAAAACGAGGAUUUACAUCUGCGCUUGUUUUAAUUUGAAAAGGCAUGAGUCUGCUUGUGUGCAUUUGUGGAAAGCAUUGACAUCUCUUAGGGUUUUUUUUUUAGUCAUAGGUGUGUUCCAAUACGCCAUUAUGUUCACUUGUUAAGACUAGCUAAAAAAACUUGUCAUCACGUAAAACUUUUUUACAUUUUAUAAAGACUUUCCUUUCAAAAUCAAAUUCACGUGUACAGCUCUGGGAAUGUUUUACAAACUGUUUCUUACUUUUGACAACAUGCGUCAGUCAAAAUAGUUUUUUCACCUCAGUACCUACACUGUAGGAAAAGCAAUAUGGUUGUGAUAGUUUGUAUGUUUGCUGACCUGUGAAUCCUUAUGCUAAUGGUGUUUUAUAUGGGAAUAGCAAAUGAAUGUGGGGUCUGGAAAGUCACAGACCACGUGCCUUGCUGUCUAAAUAUAUUAUGCCUUUUUCAAGAAGGUGAAACAAUAUGCUGCUGUUUUAGGUCUUCUUACAGACUGCCUCACCUCAAGUCUGCUUUGAAUACCACGCUGCAUCGACAUAAUGAUGCUCUAUCCAUGGUUCUGAAAUAUGUGGCGAUUCACAGUGCUAUAAGGGCAUAACACUACACUCAGUAAUGAAGAAGCUGUAGUUUUUGUCGUUUAUCACUGACAGGCAUAAUUUAAAUUCUCGUUAUUUCUAAGAAAAAAAAAUAUGUUUGACUGUGUUCAUUUCAAAGCAUUGUAGUUAUUUCAAAUGGCCAUGAGGCGACACUAUAGACCGUAACACCGCCGGCAGGUCGCUGUUGUGUAGAAGCCCCUCCCACAUUAACAGGAUCAUCAUUUUUGCCAGUGCUUUGUUAGAAUGAAACGCAGGGCGAAGGGGAAUGAUAUAGGAAAUAUACUCCCAUAUAAUUUGGUCUUUCAAACGAUAUUUUGGCCUUAAUAAGCUAAAGGAAGGUCGAUACAAGGACAUAUGCUUUGUUCUCGUUGUAUGGAAUUAUGCAUCGGCCGGGAAAAAAGACCUCCAUUGGGAUAUAUCUCGUGCUUGUUGUCUUGGAGUUAAACUGGGGAGCGGUAUCCGGGCAGCUCUCCUAUUCCGUCGCAGAGGAGGUAAACCUGGGGACGUCUGUUGGAAAUCUCGCCAAGGAUCUAAAUCUUAAUGUACAGGAUUUGGAGUCACGUAUGUUUCAGAUUGUUACUGGAUCAAAGAGAAAGUAUUUCGACGUAAAUUUGAAGUCAGGUUUUCUAUACGUCAGUGAAAGCAUAGACAGAGAAGAGCUCUGUGCGAAAGGUGCAAAAUGCACAAUAAAUGUAGAGGCUGUGAUUAAUAAUCCACUGAAACUUUACCGUAUUGAGUUUAAUAUCCUUGACGUAAAUGAUAACCCCCCUUCUUUCAGUGCCAAAUCACAAACUAUCGAUAUAGCAGAGAGCGUACUGCCGGGAGCUACAUUCCCUGUGCUGUCGGCCUAUGAUGCCGAUGUAGGUAAAAAUAGUAUUAACACAUACAAGCUAAAUCCCAAUGAAUACUUUUCUUUAGCGGUGCACAAAGGAGAGAGUGUGUCAGCCGAGUUAGUUCUUCAGAAAUCAUUAGACCGAGAAAAACAGGCUUUAAUUAAACUCACGCUGACCGCUGUAGAUGGAGGAGCUCCUCCAAAAUCAGGCACGUCAGAGAUCAUAAUUAAUGUCUUGGAUAUAAACGAUAAUAUCCCGGCUUUUACCAAAACAUUGUAUAAAACAAGUAUUACAGAAAAUGCACCACUUGGCAGUACAGUAGUAACAGUGACUGCAACUGACGCUGAUGAAGGGACAAACAAAGACAUUGUAUAUUUACUAAAUGCGAAAGAUCAGGACCAUGUCUUGGACAUUUUUGAAAUUGAUUCAGAAACAGGAAUAAUAACCGUUAAAGGAAAAAUUGACUUUGAAACAAAUCCUGCCUUUGAAAUUCGUGUGCAGGCUGCUGACAAAGGCCAGCCUCCAUUAACAGCACAGUGUAAAGUACUAGUGGAGGUGGUGGACUUGAAUGACAAUGCGCCUGACAUCACGGUGACGUCACUGCUCAGUACCGUGAAGGAGGAUGCUGAAAUUGGUACAGCUAUUGCACUUGUUUCAGUUCUUGACAGAGAUGGGGGCAAAAACGGUGAAGUCAAAUGUGAGAUAUUGAAUUCGGUUCCCUUUAAAUUAGAGACAAAUUAUAAAAAUUACUAUUCUUUAGUUAUUGGUGGAGCGCUGGACAGGGAACUCAUUUCCCACUACAAUAUCACUAUCAAAGCUACAGAUGAAGGCAGGCCCCCUCUCUCUAACACCAGCGUGGUUAUUAUUCAGGUUUCUGAUGUAAAUGACAACACACCUCGGUUUUCAGAGACCAUGAUUAAUAUGUAUGUUGAAGAAAACAAUCCAGUUGGGACGGUUUUGAAAGCAGUAUCUGCAACAGAUGCUGACUUUAAUGCAAAUGGUCAGGUGAGCUAUUCAUUAGUCAGUGAUAAUAACUUAGUACCACUGUCUACAAUGGUGAACAUCAACUCAGAGACAGGAGAUAUAGUCAGCCUGCAGUCUUUUAACUACGAGGAGUUAAAGACGUUUCAGUUUAAAGUUCAGGCCACAGACUCUGGUGUUCCUCCACUCAGCAGCAACGUGACUGUGAACGUUUGUAUCCUGGAUGAGAAUGACAACAGUCCCGCGAUCCUCGCGCCCUAUUCGGAGCACGGCUCCGUUAACAGUGAGAGCAUCCCCUAUUCUGCUGAAGCGGGAUACUUUGUGGCAAAGAUCAGGGCUGUAGACGCAGACUCUGGAUACAACGCGCUGCUGUCUUAUCAUCUGUCUGAGCCCAAAGGAAACAACCUCUUCCGGAUCGGAACCAGCACCGGGGAGAUCCGGACUAAGAGGAGGAUGAGUGACAAUGACCUGAAAACUCACCCCUUGGUGGUGUUGGUCUCUGAUAGCGGAGAACCCUCCCUGUCAGCUACUGUGUCUAUUGAUGUGGUGGUGGUCGAAAGCACAGCUGACAUCCAGACUCAGUUCAGACACGUGCCCAUAAAGGAGGAGAGCUUCUCUGAUUUAAACCUGUAUCUGCUGAUCGCCAUCGUGUCGGUGUCAGUGGUCUUUCUGCUGAGCCUCAUCAGUUUAAUAGCUGUCAGAUGCCACAGGACAGACGGCCCUUUCAGCAGGUACAGCGCCCCGAUGAUCACCACCCACCCUGACGGGAGCUGGUCUUACUCUAAGUCUACUCAGCAGUAUGACGUGUGUUUCAGCUCAGACACACUGAAGAGUGACGUAGUGGUUUUCCCCGCACCGUUUCCGCCUGUAGAUGCGGAGCUGAUCAGUAUUAACGGAGGGGACACUUUCACCAAAACUCAGACUUUACCUAAUAAAGAAAAGGUAAGAAAAAUUGCUACUGAUUUCAUCACAGGAUUUUUUUCUCGUAGUAUUAAUAAAUUGCCAUUCUCAUUAACUGUCAUAGAUUUUUCUAUCAUAGCGUGAAAAGUUUAGAAGUGUGUGGCUUGCCAAAUUUUAUUCAUCAAUAAAAGGAGUUAAUAUUUUCUAAUUUUGGGUUAAACAUAAUGCGCGUAUAUUUUGUAAUAUACAGAGAUACUAACUUGCUAAGCUAAUUACUUGCACAUGCUGGAAGUGUUAAAGUAUUUACAUUUAUUGGAAAUUGUUCUUCGACUUUACCUACAAAUAAUUAUGAUCUGCAGCUUUACUUAUAAAUAUUCUAUUGUUAAGAAUUUGAAAGGGAUGGUUAUUCAGACAUUUAUUUGCAGUCUCUCUGCCACCUAAACCUUGAUUCUAAAUGGUUUUAUGUCGCUUUGUUGUGUACUAGAAAGUUGGCAUGGGAUUUAAUGAGCGUUAACUGUGUCCACGAUUGUUUCCUCUGAUUUAAGAACAAUUUCAGUACAACAAAGUUGAAAUCUUUUCAGUGAGUUAAGAUGUAUUGGAUACAGUACUCUGCAGUCACUUGAGAAAUGGCACGACAUAUAUUAAAACCUCAUUGAGCCGCUGUCCAUGGUUCUGUAAACAUCUUCACUUUCUUCUGUUCUCUGCAUUGACAUUCCGGUGCUGUCCGUGGUGCUGAUAUUGUGAACCGCAACUUUUGCAGGUUAUAUUCUGUGUCUUAGUGUUCAGUAAGUGAAUAAAGACAACGGUCGUGUAAAAUAACUACAUACAUAGAUAUUAUGCAAAUUAAUAACAAGACCAAUUUAUUAAUAAAUGCAUAUUUCACAGAUGAAGAUUGUUCUAUGAACAGUCUACCCGUUCAGCUCAAGUCUUCCAACAAUCAACCCAUUCAUUGUAGUAGAUUAUUAAGCAUAUAUUUUUCUCAUUAACACCGUUUACUGUUCCUUAUAAUAAACAUCUUCUCUUCUGUUUUGGGCCAUCUUUCUGUACAAAAGUGUCACGAGAUGUCGCUAGAGACCACGCAAAAAUAUUGUCUUCACUGGUUAGAAACUCCUCCUCGAUUCCUGACAAAAAAGAAAACGUCAUCAUCUGGCAGUGCUUUGUGAAAAUUGCUUACAGACGAGUGAAGCCCUAAAGAGAGAGGAUCAUAAGCGACAAUGGAUCCAUAAACAAACUAUUUUUCAUUUUUGGUGGAUAGGCCAAGAGGCAGAAACCAGGAUUCGUCGCUUU